AUGGCUCCCUCCGCGACAGUAGAUGCAUUAGCAAAUGCUCUGGUUGCUCGAUUUUUGCGCACAAAUGACCACACAGAAACAUUAAAGGCUUUUAUCCGCGAGGCUGGCCUUGCUCCCGACGUGGGGCAGACCUCCGGCGGCGACACCAAUAACUGGACCAUUCAAAGCUUGCUCGAAGAGAAGCAAACUUAUGAUCAAAGCGUCAACUUUGAACGAUAUGGAGAUGAUAGUCAAGAGACUGGUUUGUGGAGUGACCCAGCACCGUCAAAACCUGCUGUUAUCCAGACAUCAUCAAAUCUACUUGCUGCGUCGGUAGAUCAAUGGCAGAAGCCUUGCGAGGACGCUGAUGAAGGCGCGGUUACAUCAGCGCAAUCCUAUAUCAUCUCUACUGGCGCUGAUAAACAAGUGCAUGUACUCGAAACCGCAGGGAGCAAUGCAGCUGUCAGAUCCUUCUCUGAGCUAUCAAGUGCACCUGUUCUCUCGUUCGUUUCGAUCCUUCAAGGCCGAUACAUCCUCUUGACAAAUAUGUCCGGUCAAAUCCUUCUCCAGCAUGGUACCCAACUCCUAGACAGCAGGAAGGACCAUGGGAAAUAUGCCGUCAAAGCGGUAGCCUAUGAAGACAGGAAAGAACCUUCCAAGUGGUGGAUCGCUACCGCUGGAUGGGACGAGACAGUCGUGCUAUACAGCCUCAACAUCCCAGACGAGGCAAACGCACCAACCCUCAAAAUCGGCGAACCCGUCGCUCGCAUCAAGCUCGCAUCGAACCCAGAAUCGCUUCUAUUCGUACCUCAUAUCGAUACAAACGAACUACUUCUCCUCGUCUCGCGCAGAGAUUCAACUUACAUCCAUUACUACCAGGUGGAAGAAACAGCCGAGCAAGCCGCCUCUCUCACCUCUCCGCGCAAUUGUCAAUUUCUCGGAUAUCAAAAUCUAGCGCCUCAUUCCAAUGCCUGGGUUGCUUUCUCGCCAGCCCAUAUGGCUCUCAGUCCGCACGACCCGGGCCUCCUAGCAGUGGCUACGUCGACACUACCCCAUUUGAAAGUUAUCAUUGUACGUCUGCUCUUCCCAUCAUUGGGCAAAUCAGACACGGAAAAUGGUUCAGAUCCAGCGGAUCCAGUCACGCAGGCUUCUCAGGCUAUGGAGGCUCUGGCAUUGGCAAAUCGCGAGGACGCUGCUAUCCUCGUGCAGGCGAAUACCUUCGCUUCGCAGACUGCUUACUCGACCCCACAGGUCGCGUGGAGACCGGAUGGGUCUGGGGUUUGGGUUAAUGGGGAUGAUGGCGUUGUUCGGGGCAUUGAGACCAAGACGGGUAAGGUUAUUGCUAAGCUUAAGGGGGGUCAUGAGCCCGGUUGUAAGGUGCGGACUGUUUGGUCUGGGUAUGUUUCUGUGUCGAGGGGAGAUGGUGAGCUAGUUCAGGAGGAAUGGGUUAUUAGUGGUGGGUUUGAUAGGCGUUUGGUUGUUUGGAAGGUAUAG